AUGCCCUUUGGAUUAAGAAACAGCCCUAGUACCUUCAUGAGGGCUAUGAAUGAUAUAUUUGUUGGGUUGCAGAACAGAGAAAUUUUCAUAUACAUAGACGAUCUAAUAAUUUUCGCUAAAACAAUGGAUGAUCACGAUAGGAAGAUGUCUCUCGUAGUAGAACGACUGAGAGAAUCUGAACCUGUACUUGUAUACCCCGAUUAUACAAAACACUUCUACGUAACGACUGACGCCAGUCAGUUCGCUAUUGGCAGCGUGCUGAGCCAGAUUUAUGGAAAGGACGAUAAGCCGAUCGCGUUUUAUUCAAGAAUUCUGAAAAAUGCAGAAACUAACUACUCAACUAUUGAAAAAGAACUUUUAGCCAGGGUCGAUUCAGCCGCGCAAUUUAGGCACGCAUUGUACGGUCGUCGAUUCACAUUCAUGACAGAUCAUAAGCCUUUAGUAUGGCUUCACAAUUUGAAAGAUCCGACUACGCGUUUGAAACGAUUCUAUUUUAAACUCAGCGAAUUUGAUUAUAACAUUGUAUAUAAAGAAGGAAAGACAAAUUACGUCGCAGACGCUUUAUCGAGAAAUCCACCGUCACUCGAGCCGGAUGGCAAAAUCUUUGUUUUGACUCUGGCCUCGUCUGAGUCAGAUGAAAUAUUCACUCCAGCAGACAUGCCUAGCACAUCGUGCCGUGUCUUUCUUUUCGCGCCAAAUUCCAAGGUACCGAUAAUUAAACAUACGCGCAAACGAAACGUGAUCCGAUCCGAUUCUACCAAGAGCGCGACUACGCCUGUCGAAUCCGGUCACGACGACACAAAUGAAAAUAUUGAAAAUGAAACAUCACCGGAUGAUGAAAAUGAUAUCACAGCACUCGCUAUGGACAAUAACCCUCCAGAGUUAUCCGACGCGGCUGUCAGUUCGAUAAACAACUCGAGCGAUCAAUCGUCUGAGAUGAUUGAACCGCCUGCCGUUACAUAUGAUAUCAUGAGACGAGCAAAGAAUAACGUAAUCGAAAUACGUGACUCGUUUCUCAUAUACAAAGAUAAUCUUGCUUACUUUAUCACAAGCAAGAACGAACCGGUCUGUAGUGGAGCGCAAGCCCUGCAUGACGCAAACCGUUAUGUACAUCACGACAGAGUGGAGCUUGGGUCAGUAGUCACUCGGACAGUCAGUCGAAAGGUUCUUCUUGCUUUGUGCGUGAAAAAGGACGAUCGUGUUCGAGUACAAGUCGACACACUUGACUUAGCUUUCAGUCAUUUGAAAGAUUAUUUGCUUGAGAAAAAACUUAAAACUAUUCGAUUCUCGGUUUCGCAAUCAAUAGACGACGUGCCGUGGAUCACUAUUCGAGAAAAAUUAGAACACUUAUCGCAAUUAGUGCCCGAUACGAAGUUUCUCUUGUGUAAAAACCUAGUGCGUGUACCGGACGAAGAAGAAAGAAUUGAUAUUAUACAUACGAUCCAUUCUUCACCCGUCAAUGGUCACAAAGGAGUCACAAAGACGUACUUGCGUAUUAGACAAGAUUACUACUGGCCUUCUCUUAAGCAGGACAUCCAGACUUACAUAAGCCGUUGUGAGACUUGUCAAUUAAAGAAACUGGUAAGACAAUUAAAAAGGCGAAUUAGCAAACUUCAGGAGAUCGCUCAAGAGAACUUGAAGUCGGCUAAGAAAAGGUCAAACAAAUAUUACGAUAGAAAAGUUAAUCCUUGCACAUUCCAAGUCGGAGAUUACGUACGACUUUUGGCGGAACCAAAGAAGGGCGUGUUCGGGAACGAAUUCUCUGGUCCAUACAAGGUCAUACGAAUUAAGAGACCCAAGUGA